AUGAGAAAGGACGAUCAGAAAGCAAGCGAUAACGAAAAUUGUGAUGUCAAUUGGAAUAGGAUAUCCGAGGCAUGCAAAUCUAGAUUUGAGCAAUACUUGGAAUUUACCAAGCAGUUCUUUGCACAACGUAAUAGCAAUGUGCCUAUAAGCUGCCGACAACAAGUAGAAGACAUAUUCCAAUUCCUUUUGAGGGUCUGUUCUGAUGGAUGGAGUCUCGAGGUUUCAGGUGAAGAGUCGAAGGCCUUGAAGCUGGCGAGAUUGCAGGCAUUGAGAGCAGGAGGAGAAGAGAGCGACUUUGAGCGCUUCGUUGCAAAUGAUACGAAUCUUGAUUGUAUAAAUUUGGACCUCGCCAAGGAUUUGAUUUCAAAGAAUUGCAUGAACCCUGCUUUGAACAUCAUAUUUGCUCUCGCUGUUCCUGUUGAUACUUUUUCUGAAACUGGCAAGAAGGGUUCAAGAAACUGGAUGUCAAAUGUACAGUUCAAUGACAUCUGGUCAAAAAUCUGGAAUAUAGACCUUUCAUCUGGCAUGAAGUUUGCUUUGAGAAGUGCGAUUGGUGACAAAUUGCUCUUCAAGCCCAAUCUAGAAAAAAUGGAUCCUGUUUUCAGUCUCCGUUGUGAAUUGCUGAGAAAACAAUUACAGAAGUGUGUAAGCGAUCCAGUGACAGCGAAUUCAGUUACUGGCAACAAUUAUGUUCCUUGCCUUGCGAUUAUUCCCAACACAGCUACCGAUGAAAUUCUGGAGAGGGAACACAUCUAUGGAAAUUCAUCAGUCGAUAAGCUUUGGGUGAUCGACGUUUGCAUCCAUGCGUUUGCAAGGCUACAUGGCAGAAAGGAUGUGAAUCCAAACCUCUGUGAUGAAGCGGAGCGCAUGGCGGCAAACUUGCACUCUCAAGGAAAUGCCCUCGCGCUCAUCUCACUUCUCUGUGCUCUGAGCCCGAAGAAGUACGAGUCAUCCCACAAAGUGUUUUUCCGUCGUCGGAAUAUAUUGUCCGAUGUCCUCAAUUUAGCAGAGUCGAGGGAUCAGCAGUCGAAAGCAGAGGUCGCCCCGUCACUUGGUGGAGGCACCACUACUCCGUUCCUUGAGGUGUUGAUGUGGGCAGGACCAGGAGGACUAGAUGCUGGUAUGGGGGAGGAUGUGUUUUAUGGCUCGAGCAAGUGGUCCGUCGGAGAGGGCAAGGGAGCCAUGAUGCUAACCAAAGCUCUUGAUGAGGAGACUCUGACAGAACUUGUGGAGGAUGACUUCAAAGGAGUUGCAUCUUCCGUCCUCUCUCUCGUACGAUUCUGCGUUCGUCAAGCCCGUGAAGGAGAUUUUUCCGCUUCUAUUCGUCAUGCGAAUCACAUUAUGACGAAACUCAAGGAGAUGAAGGAGAGCAAGUCUCCUGCGUUCAAUCAAAUCAAGCAUAAUCAUAGGUUUUGGAGUGUGAUGUUCAGGCUUGUUCCUGUCGCGAUCAUCCAGGAAGAAAAGGAGCUGGUAGAGACUUUAGUCUUGUGGUGUUUCAAGCAUUCCCCUUCCACAUCCUCGUGUAUUGCUUUUCUCCAUUACUCGAGCCUGGAAAAGAUUCAAUUUGUGCGGAAAUUCAUCCAGGGGAAAGACUGUCAUUCAAAGGAGUACCCUCUGCUCUUUGGUUGUUCAGCUCUUAUGGAAAGCAGAGGUACAGCUGAAGAGCAGCUGAAAUCAGCCUGCAAAAGGCUGCCGCUCAAGCAGAUCAUCUUGGAGCUCAGGUCGCUCAUCCUGGUCCUUGGGCCGCAGGCCUUGGAGGGCUGUCGAGGUGAGGGUGAUGCGGAGGUACAGACCUCCUUCCUGGGAUCGUGUCUGUGCAUCCUCGUGGAGAACUUCAAGCACAGCAAAUUCUUAGACACAGAACAACAAGUUCUGGAACUUCUCAAGGUCGGGGCCAUGGUAGAACCUGGUUGCAUUCAGCCAUUGCUCGAAAAGCAAGUCAACGACGUUUGCAUGAAGGUGCAUCGUGCGUUGGAGUCAGGCAAGAGCGGGCCAAGAGAUCUCAAGGAUGGCUUUGCAAGUUGGCUCGAAAGGCUGAAAGAUGUCUUCCAUACUCGCCCGGCUGUUGCGAGCGAUGUGGUUCAAGAUCUCUGGCUCAGAGCUUCUCGUCGGUUUUCAUUGCCAGGAGGUUCGGGACAGGACCUAGAAUUUGCAGCCGCCAAGCAGGCCAAGACCAGCAUCCGCAUCCGAGGACCCUCUCUGAGCUCUGAGUGGGAGCAUGUCGUGGGCGUCAUAAAGAUCAAAGUUGGCAAGAGGGCAAAUCUCGUGCGAGACCUGAGAGGUAUGGGCUUGCUGUAG